AUGUCCGAAUUCCACCUGUUCCCUUCGCUCCCCAAGGAAUUGCGACUCAAGAUAUGGCGCACGACCCUCGCAGGCCAGGGCCGGCUCGUCACGGUCGCCCCGGGCCACGAACUCCUCGCCUGCCGGAGCGGGCUGCCGGUCCUCUCGGCCGUCAACCGCGAGAGCCGCCAAGAGUUUCUACGGCUCUACGUCCGCCUCCGCGACCGACCUGACGCAAGCACCGCCGCCGACGUCGAAGCCGACGACCACGUCUACUUCAACCCCCGCCUCGACACCCUCAUCAUCGGUACCGACACGAAAACAGGCUCGGCCUUGAAAUCCUCCGGCGGUAUGGAGGCGCUGCUGCUCUUUGCCCGCUGCCCCGUCGGGACCCUCAUCGACGCGCCCGCCCUGCCCGAGUCCGCCGCGGAGCAAGUCCGCCAGGUGCACCUAUACGACCUCAACCCCUCCCGGCGGAUGGAGAUGGACUCCUCCCUGAAGAACCGCAAGCUCGAAUGGGGCCCCGGACGAGACGAGCCGAUGCCCCUCCCGCGCCUCCGGUUCCCGAACCUCGACGCCGUCGUCAUCGUCACCCUGCACGCCUCGCUCUGGGUCGGCAACUUCAAGUGCCACGGCAGUCGGGGGCGGCACUUCCGCUACGUCGUGCCCACGAACCAGGUCUACUACCACAUCAAAGACGCGGCGCACGGCGACAGCUUCGCCGGCAUGCGGCCCGCGUCGAGGAUCCCGGACGAGUACCUCAAGCCCGCGCCCGCGCAGACCCGGGCCAUGCGCGUCGAGAUCCUCCGCUCCGGCGACGACGACGACGGCAACGGCUGGGUCACCAACGACUGGCACCUGAUCAGCGGCCCGGACGACUUCUGUCACGACACGUGGGUUAUGCUGGUGCAGUACAUCACGCUGCGUCUGGGUCGGCAGGAUGAGUAG